GGCGUGAGGGAGCGUAGUACGGUUGGAUCAUAAGCUGUUUCGGGGCUUUUGGCUGACAGUCCACCUGUCCACCUCUCCGUCCGCUUGUCCACAAGGAUACGAGAUGGAUAACUAUACGUUCUCUUUCUCCACGCCGAGCUGGCCUAACAAGGUCCGAGCAUUUCUCACCCAAUUUUCCGAUUUCUUCAGCGCCUUCGCUAAGCAUAUUGCGCCCUCGUAUCACCAUGACCGCUGCGAAAGGUCAGUCCAGAUGCGACUGUAUGCCCUCAACAAGAGGCAGUUUGUUCUGGUGUUCAUCUCAUUCUUUGUGUGCUUUGGUAUCAGCAUCCUCAUCGGUAUAGCAGGACCACCCAUCACAGACAAUGUCUCCAAGGACAGCUCCUCCCUCAUCCCUAGACCUAAUGACACAAAGAUUGGCCCCUUCUAUCUCAAGUCUCCUCCCAUGUCCACCUUCCACCAACAGCUAUGGCUCACAGCCAACAUCGUCACAGACAACAAGGGAGAUGCAAGGUUUGAGCAGCCAUUUAUGAUGGGCAUCAUUAUCCAUGGCAUGAACGGUGAUGACCAGAGUGUCGACCGAGUGACCAAUCCCACCCCUAGUGGAACCCCACACAACCGGUCAAGACUACUCCGCUGUAGCAAGAAAUGUGACGAGCUGAUCGUGAUGCACCUGGGCUUUCUGGACUUCGCCUACUAUCUGAUCCAGGUCCGCUUCUAUGGUUUGGAGAACAGCAAGUUCAACAUAAAGUCAAUUGUAUUCACUUUCAAGAGCUACAACACCUCCUUUACUCAGAUUGAGAUUUGGAUCCGAUUUGUCUUCCUCGUACUGACGUUCCUCUGCACUUGUAUGUUUACGCACUCAUUGCGGAAGUUCUCCAUGCGAGACUGGUCAAUAGAACAGAAAUGGAUGUCAAUUCUUCUUCCUCUACUUCUCUUGUAUGAUGAUCCCAUCUUCCCUCUCACUUUCCUCAUCAACAGCUGGGUGCCAGGGAUGUUUGAUGGUGUCUUCCAGGCCUCCUUCCUGUGUGCCUUGCUGUUGUUCUGGUUGUGUAUCUACCAUGGUGUCAGACAGACUGACCGUAGGUUCAUCCGUUUCUACCUGCCCAAGCUGGUGGUAGUGGGGCUGAUGUGGAUGGCCGCGGUGACGCUGGCAUCGUGGCAGGAGUACAACGAACUGCUGGACCCAACCUACUACUACAGACUGGACAAGAGUAACUUCAUGGGCUUUAAGGUGUUUUUCUUCAUCACUGGAGGCAUCUACUUAUUAUAUCUUGUCUAUCUCCUCAUCCGAGCUUACGCUGAACUGAGAUCAAUGCCAUACUUUGACCUUCGCCUCAAGUUCAUGACGGCACUGAUGUUGAUCGUGUUGUCCAUUAGUAUCGCUAUCACCGAACUGAGGUUUGGCAGUGGCGUGCUGGAGGACAACUUUGUAGCAGAGAUGUCCACACACUAUCAGAAUUCAGCCGAGUUUGUGUCUUUCUAUGGCUUGCUGAAUUUCUACAUGUACACUAUGGCCUUUGUUUAUUCGCCAUCCAAAAAUGCCAUGUAUGAAACCCACUUUAAGGACAACCCUGCCCUGUCUAUGCUCAACGACUCUGAUGAAGAAGUCCACUAUGGAUCUGACCACGAAGAAACAACAUUGACAAGCCGAGGUGCUGGCAAAUAUGACAGUGAUGAAGACGCAUUCCGAUGAUAUGUCACAUGACUGUCAUGUGACUGUUGCCGGGGUGGUGAAAGGUCGACUAUGCAGAGAAUUAGUUAGUAAUCUAGGAAUAUUGGGAUCUAUUUUUAUAACAGUGAAGCUUACAGCUUUGGAAUUGCUUCAGAUGGUAUCUUUUGCUAUGGGCAUAAUGAUUGAUAUGGAUAUGAGGUAGAUUUGUGUUGAAAAAAAAGAUUAAUUCAUACCGUUUAUUCUGUUAUAGGCCAGAUCAGUGUAAGGGCUUUGUUUUGGAGAUGUUGUUCUAGACAUGUUUCCCAAGGCACUGAUGAAUCAGAAUAAUUCACAAUGAAUAUAAUUAUAUCAUAUUAGGCUAACAAAGACCUACUUAGAGGUUGACACUUGUCCCCAAAUCUCAUAUCAGUAAAUAUUGUUGUUGCAUUUACAAUAGUCAAAUAUAUCUAACAUUGAGGAAAUGAGAAAAACAAUCCAGAUUGUUUUCUAUCCCAUUUUUUGUGCCAAGUUUAUGGGCACUCAGUCUGGAAUCCUAGAUACGUUCCUGUAAGAAAGCAAGUGUUAUUCUGAAACUGUAUCUUACUAAGAAAACGUAUCGAUCAGAAGUUGUUACAAAUAUUGCAAUACAAGUAGUUUCUGAAACAGCGUAUGUACUAGUAUGCAUGUAAUAUGUGGAAUUUUUCUGUUUUCACAAAAUUUAAGGCAUGUUUUUCUCCAAACCAAGACCAAAACUAGUAUGGCCUGGAUUGCUGAUAUACAAAUAUUGCCUUCCAAAGCUGACUGAUGGCUGUGUGUAGCCUGAGAAUCUUUACAAAGAGGAAGUUAGAUUUUGACUAGGAGCACAAAAUUAGGGAAAUCAUGUAUGGCAUUUUACUGUGGGAAUGUUUUUUGAGGUUGAAAAAUGACAAGUGUUCCUUGUGAUCUAUCUGAUAAUU